AUGAACUUUUUCCCCAUGGCAUUGUCCAACUUCCCUAAAACAUUUGGUCUAAAUGAAAUGAAGAAAGGCUUCUUCCCACAUUUCUUCAACACUCAACAAAACCAGAUCUACGAGGGGUACAUGCCAGACAAAUCCUACUAUGACCCCGAUGGGAUUUCCCCUCAAAGAAAAGAAGAAUUCAACAAAUGGUACAACGAGAAAGUCUCUGAAAGGUACAUUUUUAAUUUCCAGCACGAACUGUUGACAUACUGUCAAUCCGAUGUAAGGCUGUUGAAACAGGGGUGUAUGAAGUUUCAGUCCCAGUUCCAUGAAAUUUGUGGUUUCAACCCUAUGGUGCAUUGCACAACAAUUGCCUCUGCCUGUAAUGUGGCCUACAGAAAAAAUUGGGUGCCGAAAAACAAAAUUGCCAUUGAACCUGUAUGUGGAUGGAGACCAAAUCACAACCAAUCUCAUGCUGCUCUAAAAUGGCUUUACUGGGAAGAAUCAAAACUCCACAAAACCAACCAUCUGCCUCGAAUUACCCAUGCAUGCAUGCUGUCCAGCAAAAACCAGAAUGAAAAUCCAGCAACUAACCGCCUUAGGUUACAGAGUUAA